AUGCUGGCCUUUUGCGCGCCGGCCACUGGCACCAAGGCGCCGCUGCCGAUGCCAGCGGCUGCACCAGUUCACAGCGGCUCCCCUUGGUCGGUGACAGCAUCGAGGCUCUCUAUCCUCUCAGCACUCGCCACGGCCACCCGCUUGCGGCGCAUCUCGCUGAGAGCGAAGUGGAACGACAGGAAUGCGGGCCACGGGGUCGAGCUUGUCCAAGACGAUGCGAUCGCGAAACGUAUGGACCACUACACGCGACCGGAGGGCCACUGCAUAGUGGUUUCGGAUGGGCCCAUUGCUAUGGCGGACCGAGGCGGGUCCCGCGACUACUACACGGAGGUAAAGAUCGAGAGUGAUGUGGACAGCUGGUCUUCCGGCCUGGACAUGGGAGUCACGCGCCUCUGCCCAGAAGAGAUCGGGAAGCUGAACGAGCAAGGUUUGUGCUGGGCCGACUUCCCUGACACUUGGGUCUUACGCGGUGAUGGAAUGCUCCGCAUCAACGGUCGCUCUUAUCCGCCAGGAGUGUUGCCCAGUCGUGCGGCAACUCUUGCUGGUUGGAAUACAGCCACUCUUGAAAUCGGCGACACCUGCGGGCUACAGGUGACCGGCGGAGGUUCAGAGCUCGUGGGCUACAGGAAUGGUGAAGUUAUCGGCCGUCUCACGCUCGAGGAUGGAAUCAAGGUGCCCUUGGAUGCUGAGCUCUACCUUGUAGCCGACAUUAUUGGCAGAGCGGGGGAGGUGGAGAUCCUGGACUGCAGCGUGCCUGGGUCUUCUGCGCCGGCCGUGACGUCCACACCGCCCUUUGGGGCCGCAACAGUGUCACCGGAUGUGCCAACUCCUGCAAGCGUCUACGCGUCGCCGCUCGUGCGCAUUAUUCCAAGCGGUGUCUUUUCCCUGGGACUGGCAUUGAUCUGCAACCUUUGCAGUGUGGCGUGUUGCCGUGACUUAAGUUGUGUCAUACAGACAGUCACUUUAAAUACUAAUGUUACUAAUGCUGACCCGUUCCUCUCCCUGCUCCUAAUGCUGCUGCUGCUGCUGCUGCUGCUGCUGCUGCUGAGCCUCUUGUAA